UACAAAAAUGAAUUGUUAUCGGACUAAAAGUAUCGAGGCUGUUCUUAUAUUUACUCGUAUCGUAUCGUAGAUAAUCUUUCAACUAAUCGCUUACAAUGAAGUUGGACGGCUCCCUACUUUCGUUCAACUUUUGGUUCAACUAAUCGCCUGUGAAAGUUGAAUCAUGUAAAUUCCCUAUAAAGAAGAAAUUUGUGUUUUUUUUCUGUACAGACGCUAUCUUCGACGUAUUCUUAACAUGCCUACUAUUGGUUCUGCAUACACAAUAAACGAUAAUGAAAAUAAUUCGUCAUAUUCAAAUUUGAUCGGGUUUGUAUUCAUUUUUAACUUGAUUGUUGGCACAGGAGCUUUAACAUUACCAUUUGUUUUUGCUCAAGCGGGCUGGCUGCUCAGUUCGCUUGUGGUCACGUUAUUGGCAUUCAUAAGCUAUAUAACCGUCACCUUCAUGAUUGAGACCAUGGCAUGCGCUAAUGCAGUAAGAAAUUGGCAACAGUCACAGUUUAUCUAUGAUAUGAGCGAUGACGAUAGCGAUGACUCUCAACCUCUUAUUAUAAACAGCGCUCGUCCACGACUAUCACGUAGUACCAAUCUACCAGUCCGAAGUAAUAUACAUACUCCUGAAAUGGAGCACUUAACUGCCACCUAUCCUGUGCAAAACUAUUAUAGCUUAGAUCGUAGACUAGAAUUGGGUGAAAUGGCUUCGCUUUUUUUCAAGGACACUGGUCGUGUAUUCUUCUAUUUGUGUGUUGCCACUUAUUUAUAUGGCGAUCUAAGCAUAUAUACAGCAGCAGUGGCCAAAAGUCUUCGUGAUAUCACUUGCUUAACAACAAAUAGCUCAGUUCUUCCAAACAUAACUCGCUACAAUUUCGCCGAUACCCAGGAGGACGAUGGUAUAACUCCAUGCUGGCCAGAACACACAAUUUCCCGCCUACAAAUGUAUCGAAUGUUUGUAAUUGGAUUUACCGUCGUGCUUGGCCCUUUUGCAUAUUUUAGUGUGCAAAACACCAAAUACUUGCAGAUAUGUACUGCGGCUUUUCGUUGGACUGCCUUUGCCACGAUGAUAACAGUCGCCCUAAGCAUCUUGCUCAGUAAAGGCGCCGCAGGCCAUCCGCCAACGGCUAACAUAUAUGGAGUACCACCGCUUUUUGGUGCUUGCAUCUACUCCUUCAUGUGUCAUCAUUCUUUGCCCAGCUUGCUUACACCUAUAAGCGAUAAGCAAAAAAUUCGAAGCAUAAUCUCAUAUGAUUAUAUACUGAUAUGCACGUUUUAUAUUGUAUUAUCUUUGACAGGCGCAUUUGCGUUCGCAGAAUUACAGGACCUCUAUACACUUAAUUUUAUACCCGAUACCAUUAGCGGACAUAUGUAUGGAGCAAACGUGUUACUUGCCAUUGAGUAUUUUUUGACGCUAUACCCAGUAUUUACGCUCUCUACAACCUAUCCAAUUAUAGCGAUAACACUGAGAAAUAAUCUGCAGACUUUCUUUUUGGAUAUGGAGCGUUUCGAUUCAUAUAAUUAUUUUCUACGAAAAAUUUUAUUUCCCCUAUUGGCUGUUGUGCCCCCGUUCAUAAUCACAUACUUCACUGAGAGCAUCACAAGCUUAGUGGCAUUUACUGGUAGUUACUCGGGCGCUGGAAUACAAUGCAUCAUACCAAUUUGUUUAGUUUAUUUUGCGAGACAAACGUGUACGGAAUUACUUGGUAAUGGUAUAGUUAACUCAUUUCGAAGUCCUUUCCAGAGUAAAUACUGGUUACUUUUUAUAUUAUUUUGGUCACUAAUUUGCAUAUGCUUAGUGACAAUUGACUUUUGGGUUGACAUAAAACCGGCAUUUUGAGCAAGGAAAAAAUAUCUGGAAUGUUUUAGUCGCGUACGAAAACAAAAACUCAGUAGACUGUACAUAACAAUAUUGUCAAGCGUUGGUUCGGUGAUAUUUGAAAUCUAAAUGAUAAGAGUAAGAACUGUUGUCCACUAAGAUCACGUUAAACAGGUAAUAGCACCAGAGCAAAACUAUAAACUUAAUUUUGUACCCUAAAAUUUCAAAAUGGUAAACAAAAUCUAACUUCAGGGUAAAAUGUAAACAAAAAGGUGGGGGACAUAAGGCCGCGAUGACAUUUGUGGGUAAAACGUAGGGAAGCCGAAUAGGAGGAUAAAAGAGAAUGGGGGAUUAGUCAAUUAUCUUAAUAUUCCAUCUUUCGAUAGGAAUAUAUGAUUUGUAAUAAAAAUUAAUAAAGGAAAUGUGAAAAAACGGUGAUUUAUUUAGUGAAAGUAUAGUGAAUUUUUGUGCAUUUAAAGUUUAUGAGGCGUUGUUUUCGAAAAUCGAGAACUAUAAAAAUCGGCAAAACCAAGCUAUCGGUUUGCGGAAUGCGCCACCUUCUGUUCGCUACAUCGUGGGUCCAUGGCCAUACACCCAACUGUCUACAAGGGGCCAUACUGUCAAUAGAAAUGGUCACAAUUAAAAAAUAAAAAUAAAAAAUACCACUAUUUCAAUGCUUA